UCUAUUUGGAGGAAAAUAAGCACACAUCUCUUGAAGCUCCCAAUAACUUUGCCCCUAAUAGAUGAUUUCCUUGCUAAAUUCUCCAUCGUCCUCCUCACCGGCCGCGGCCGCCGCCACCCACCUCCAGUCAUGCUUCGACCAAUUAGAGCUGUCGCAGAUCCACGCCUUCGUCCUCCGCCGCAAUCUCCUCCUUCUCCCCUUCCACUGGAACUCCCUCAUGCGCUGCUACGUUCGUCUCUCCAUCCCCUCCUCCGCUCUCCACCUCUUCGUCCACAUGUCCCGCGCCUGCACAUACCCUGACCGCUACUCCCUCCCUAUCGCCCUCAAAGCCUCCUUCACCUCCUUCUCUUUCUCCUUCGGCCGUCAACUCCACUCCGUCGCCAUUAAACACGGCCUCUCCCGCCACCAAUUCUCCGAGAGCGGCCUCAUCUCCCUCUACGCCAAAGCCGGCCACUUCAUCCCCGCAAACCAACUGUUCGACGAAAAUCCCCACCGAAAUCUCGGCUCCUGGAACGCCCUCAUCAGCGGCUAUGCGCAGGCCGGCCAUUCCUCCCAAGCCAUCGAUCUCUUCAUCCGCCUUCGUCGAACCGGCGAGACCCCCG